AUGGAUCGUACCGAAAUUCAAUCCAGACUUGAACAACCUGUUGGCCUCCAGUUUCAAUGUUGUUUGGAUCCUUCGGAUCAUCAGACGUUAACGUUGAAGCGACUUUCUCCUUCGCUUAGUGGUUGCGAUUACGAUCUGUACGACGAAGGAGGAAAAACACUAUUGAAGAUCCGAGGGUCAGGAUUAAGACCUGAUUAUUUGAAUUCAUACUAUGGUAUCGAGAACAAAGAGAUCUUUAGAGUAUGGACACCUCCACCAUUGUUCUGUAGAGCUGAAGCUUUUAGGCCUCAUACCACGAAAGAUCCAGUAUGGAAAAUAAGCAAUGGUCGCUCAAAAUCAAGGAAGAAAAGCAAACUGUAUUUGAACUUUCUGGAUGUCAUGAGUGGUCAAAAGAAAAGACUUUCAAUGUUCAGACCUGGCGAUGAGGACGAAGGUAGAUUGGAAUUUGUGUUGGAUGAUGGUGAUGAUGAUGAUGAUGAUGAUGAGAUUAGGGAGGUGGUAGUGGCACGUAUGAGAUUUGAGAUCAAAGGAAACAAGCAGAAAGUGAGUUUGGUGAACUUGCAGAUUGCGAGUUCGUUGGUCCGACGCAAGCAAUAUCGGGUCGAUAUCUCGAGUAACUUCGAUUACAGUCUUGUGAUUGCUAUGGCUGUCAGUCUCACUACUUUUGGUUAUGCCGCUUUGAUCCAGGUUGAUCCGUAA